AUGUUCGUAUACGCAUGGCUAGGCAUAGCUCUUCUCACCUACCAAGCUUUACGCAGCGUAUAUAGGCUGUGUUUUCAUCCACUUCGCAAAAUUCCGGGCCCGAAGCUAGCAACUAUCACCUACGGCUACGAGUUCUACUACAAUGUUAUCAAAGGUGGCAAGUUCGUGUGGGAAAUCGAACGCAUGCAUAAGAUAUAUGGCCCAAUCAUUCGCAUCAACCCCGAUGAAGUCCACAUCAACGAUCCGGAUUACUUCGAGGAAAUCUAUACUUCCCGUGCUCGCCGGCGAGAGAAAGACCCUUUCCAAGUAGCCCAGUUUGACAUCGACGGCGCAGCCUUUUCGAGCAUUACACCUGAGAUACAUCGUCAACGACGCGCCCCUCUCGAUAAAUUCUUCUCAAAACAAGCCAUCUCCAACAUCGAGUAUCUCAUCCACGACAGCCUAGACAAGAUCAUCAAAGCCUACAAGGAGGCGUACCAGAGCAAAAGUGUAGUGAGCUUGGACACCGGGUUUGCAAGCUUGACUGCGGACAUCAUCCACCAGUAUGCCUUCGGGUUCAACCCGGGUAACCUAGACGCGGAGGGAUUCAACGAAAGCGUACGAGAUGCCGCCAACGCGGUCUUGCAAAGUAUGCACUUACUCAAUUUCUUUCCCUUCAUCAAAGUGGUUCUUGGCCUGCUGCCGCACGGUUUGCUGCGCCUUAUCAGCGAGCCAGCAGUGAAAUUAGCGAAGGAAAAAGAGGAUUUGUAUGCAAGAAGCGCGGCAGCGCUAGAGAGGAACCAGUCUCCCGUGAAGGAAGAUGAAAAGGUCAGUAAUAGCAAAGGCGCGAUUCUGGAUGCUAUUGCUGGGCCUCGUAUGCCAGCACAUAUGCGGACGCCUAAGCGACUCAUGGAGGAGGGGCUUUCUCUGGCCAUUGCGGGAACGGAAACCACAGCGCGAGCGCUCUCUGUCGGGACCUAUCACUUGCUUACGAAAGAGGAUGUCAGGCUCAAGUUGAAAGAGGAACUGAAGACCGUUAUGCCUACACCUGAUAUGCGGGUCAGUCGCACGGAGCUGGAGAAGCUGCCUUAUCUGUCUGGUGUCAUCAAUGAAUCCAUGCGUCUUGCAACAGGCGUAUCUUCCAGGAUGACCAGAGUAGCUCCCACAGAAGCACUGGUUUACAAGGAACAUGUCAUUCCUCCUGGUGUACGUAUCAUCUUUCGCAAUGCUGUUGAUGCCAGUUUUUUCAGCUCAUCCACCGUCUUCAUCCUCAUGAAUUCGGACAUUUUCCCCAAUCCCCACGAUUUCGAUCCGGAACGCUGGAUUCGAGCUGCUGAAAAGGGGGAGCGAUUAGAUCGGUAUCUGGUGAACUUUUCCAAGGGUGCUCGGAUUUGCCUUGGCAUGCAACUGGCUUAUGCCGAACUUUUCAUUGUUAUUGCCGCACUUAUGCGCCAAUUUGAGAUGGAGCUAGUCGACACUCCAAAGGAGACCAUUGAAUUCGCGCGAGACUUUGGGGCGCCGUAUCCUGAGAAGGAAAACUUGUCCAUCAAAGCGAGGAUUACGGGGUUGGCUCAGGAGUAG